UUCUUUUUUCCCAAUUACAGUUAGAAAACUUGUAAACAUGCCCAUUUUUGAAUGACUUAUAACUACUAAGCAGGCAUAGUUGGUGAGUCAGCUCAUCCUCUCCUACCUUUUUUCCCCCUACCUCUUCUGAACCAACUUUAUCUAAGUCUCAUCACUUUGAGCUUCCCUGUUGUUUCCCAAUGGAAUUGCCGGUCUCCGGUGGCCGGAGAGCAUCAUACUCCAUAGAAACAAGAAACCUGAGUUACAAAAUCUGCAGUUUUUAUGAUGGUUUGAGGUGGAAGAGGGAGAAGGGGUCUUCAAAGUUUAUCAUAAAGGAUGUCAACUGUGAAGCAAAGGCAGGGGAAAUCACAGCAAUUGCUGGGCCUAGUGGGGCUGGGAAAACCACACUGCUGGAGAUUCUUGCUGGGAAGAUAUCCCCAGUUGAUGUUUCUGGUCAGGUGCUUGUCAAUGGGUGUCCAGUGAAUGCGAAAAGCUUUCGGAGAUUGUCAGGUUAUGUGAGCCAAGAAGAUGCACUAUUUCCUCUGCUGACAGUGGAGGAGACAUUGAUGUACAGUUCUCUUCUGAGGUUGCCAGGUGGGAAGAAAGAGGCUAAGAGUAGAGUUGGGGUGCUGAUUAGGGAGCUUGGGUUGGAGAAUGUUGCAGAUUCGAGAAUUGGGGAGGGAUCGAACCAUGGGAUUUCGGGUGGGGAAAGGCGAAGAGUGUCGAUUGGAGUUGAACUGGUUCAUGACCCUGCUGUGAUCCUGCUUGAUGAGCCAACUUCUGGGUUGGAUUCAUCUUCUGCACUUGAUGUCAUUUCACUCCUCAAACUUAUGGUUUCUGGUGAGGGCAAGACUAUUGUCCUGACCAUUCACCAGCCCGGUUUUCGCAUCCUUGAGCUCUUUGAUCGCCUCGUUUUGCUGUCAAACGGAUGUGUGUUUCACAACGGUUCGCUGAAAUCCCUGGAAAACCAGCUCAGUUUUGCUGGGUUGCACCUUCCUCCAAGGAUAAACCUGCUCGAAUUCGCUAUUGAUGUCACCGGAACCAUCGUGGUCCAAACUUCAGAAGCCCUGAAUAGCAGCCAUUUCUGUGUCAAAGAUCAUAAGGGGAUGGUGAGAAAAGAGGAGUAUGUUAGAAUUUCUAAUAACUCCUCCUGUGUUGCUGCAGACAAGUGUCGAAGCUACUCGAAUUCUGGGUUGGAUGAGGUUCUGAUCCUGGGAGAAAGGUUCUGCAAGAACAUAUUCAGAACCAAACAGCUGUUUGCAACAAGGAUCUUGCAGGCACUGGUGGCAGGGUUCAUACUAGGAUCAAUCUUCAUGAAUGUUGAUGACAACCUAGGAAAGAUUGCGCUGCAAACCCGGCUAGGGUUCUUCGCAUUCAGCCUAACAUUCCUGCUCUCCUCCAUGGUAGAAGGCCUGCCAAUUUUCCUGCAGGAGAGGAAAAUCUUCAUGAGGGAAACUUCUCGGGGAGCCUACCGCGUGUCCUCGUAUGUCAUAGCAAACACCAUUGUUUUCCUGCCAUUCCUCUUGAUGGUAGGCCUUCUGUUCACCGUCCCGGUCUACUGGCUGGUGGGACUUAGGCCUGAGAUGGACAGGUUCCUCUACUUCGCCCUCGUGGUUUGGCUGGUCGUGCUGAUGUCCAACUCGUUCACCGCCUGCUUCAGCGUCCUGGUGCCUAAUUUCAUAAUGGGAACAUCUGUGAUUGCAGGGCUGAUGGGGUCUUUCUUCCUGUUCUCGGGGUAUUUCAUCGCGAAAGACAGCAUUCCUCAGUACUGGAUGUUCAUGCAUUACUUGAGCCUGUUCAAGUACCCGUUCGAGUGCUUCUUGAUCAACGAGUAUGGAGGGGAAGCAGGGAAGAAAUGCAUACAAGUUGAGGCUUCUUCAGGUGAGUGCAAGAUGUUUGGGAGUGGAAUGUUGGCAAAGCAGCAGCUUAGAGAGUCACAGAAAUGGAGCAAUUUGGGUGUGAUGGCAUGUUUUAUCUUUGGUUACAGAGUGUUGUGUUAUGUGAUUUUGUGGGUUAGAUGUUACAGAUCAAACAGAAGUUAAUUAAUUAAGCCAUCAAUUUUCUUCCA